UCCCGGUUGCUCCUCCGCUGAAAGCGUUAGGGCUUCGCGGAGGCGGCGGCGUCAGGGGCGCGCCGCUCACACUCAUGAGGAGCCGGAAGCUCACAGAUGGAGUGCGGUCUUCAGCCCGCCUGAGGAGCCGAGGGUGCCCAGCAGCCGAGUUGGCCUCUGCACAGGAAGUGGAUGUCCCCAAAUCGUCCAAGGCUUUGUGUCUGACUUCGUCGUCACACAAAUCCACUGACAAGCGAACUUCCAAGAAGUUCAAGUAUGACAAAGAUAAUCUUGUGAAAUCAGAGUUACAGAAGCUCAUCCCUAAAAGUGCUGGUGCUUCCUUGCCGAAAAUAGCACCCAAGACCCCUUGUGCAAACGAGCCUCUGGAGCUUGGUGGACAUCACGCGGAGCCCCCAGGCAACGAGGCUGGUGCUUCUGCGCAGCAGGAGGGUGAAGGCCCCCUCCUCGGUCACUGUGGCAUCCUGAAGGACGGGUGCCCCACACAGACUGAUGAUGGCUUGUCCCUGCCAAAGCACAGUGCUGCUUCUGAAGCAGAAGUGUCUAACAGCAGCUCCACAGCACGGGAUGAGUCAGCACUGGAGGCUGAGGGGGCACAGAAGCCACCACUUCAGAUGGACAGCAGUGUCUUUCUUGACGACGACAGCAACCAGCCCAUGCCUGUGAGCCGGUUCUUCGGGAACGUUGAGCUCAUGCAGGACCUUCCACCUGCGUCUUCAGCUUGUCCUUCCAUGAGCAGACGAGAAUUCAGGAAAAUGCAUUUCAGAGCCAAAGAUGAUGACGACGAUGAAGAUGAUGAUGCAGAAAUGUAGAUAAUAAAAACGCACAAAGUAAUUUCUUUCGUAUUUAGUGUAGUUAGCAACCUGGCAAUUAUGCAAAUGACAGGAUUCAUAAAAAAUUCAACUCCAGGGGAACUUAUUCUUGAUCAAACUUCAGAAUGGAACCAUUGAAGUCAACACAUAGUGCAAACUCCCAAUAGCUGCAGAAGGUUUAUUGAUACGAACCAUAACAAUCUUGGGGAUUAUAAAGCUGCUGUUUCUAUGUGGAUGUAUUUUCAUAUAUGAAUAUGGUUCAUGUCAGCUGAGGGGGUUUAGGGUUAGAUGGUGGAGACCUUUCACUUAAGCUCUUUAGUUUUGAUAAUAUGCAGGUUUAUUUUCCAUUGUCAGAAUUUGGUCAUUCUUGUGAUUCAUUCAGUGCUAGUUCUUAAAGAACUCUAUUUCGUUGUAUAUGAAGCUAAUGUUUACCUUAGAAAUUUUGCAAGCAUGUAUAGGAAAUAAAUAUAUUUUGAAAAUAUUUUUAAGUCUUAAUUAUGUCCCUAAAACUGCAUUCCUUUCCCAAAUGUUUGAGAGCCCAGUGGAGAGAAUGGGUUGUGCUCUAAGGUUUAGACUUGUGAGGCUGUGCCAGCCUUUUGUACUCACUACCAGCCCAAGAAGUGAGGCCUUGAGCACAGAUGGUUCUGGGUGUGAAGAGACGAAGACCUUUCCUUGUGCGGGGUGUGGGGUUUCUGAACUUCUGUGUCUUGCUCAUCAUUGCUGUAGAAGAGUAGGAACGGGUAGAGAGUGGUUAGCACAUUUGUUACCCUGUUGGUGCAGAA